UGUUUCACAUCCGCAUACUUCCUGCUCUUAGACUUAGUGUAUAGUUUUGGGAGGUCCCUGGGCUGUUUGAUAGGGGACAGUUUUUGGGAGUGAAAUUCAUUUCUGUGAUCAUGUCGUUGUCGGCAGGGUUCAAGGGUUCCCCCACGGGGACACCCGCUGUAAUCAUUGACUGUGGGACAGGGUAUACUAAAAUGGGAUAUGCUGGUAACACUGAACCACAGUUCAUCAUUCCAUCAGCCAUUGCUGUGAAAGAGAGUGCUUCAAUCGGCAGCCGACAGGCCAAAGGAGUGGAAGAUUUAGACUUUUAUAUUGGGGAUGAAGCUGUCAAUGCAACAGGCUAUUCUGUUAAGUGGCCUAUAAGACAUGGUAUUGUUGAGGACUGGGAUUUAAUGGAGCGAUUCCUAGAACAGGCCAUAUUUAAAUAUCUGCGAUCAGAACCUGAAGAUCAUUACUUCUUAUUGACUGAACCUCCUUUGAACACACCAGAGAACCGUGAAUACACAGCAGAAAUCAUGUUUGAAUCAUUCAAUGUCCCUGGUCUGUAUAUCGCUGUUCAGGCCGUGCUUGCCCUGGCUGCGUCGUGGACGUCACGUCAGGUUGGAGAGAGGACCCUCACAGGAACCGUCAUCGACUCCGGCGACGGCGUCACUCACGUCAUUCCUGUUGCUGAGGGCUAUGUAAUAGGAAGCUGCAUCAAGCACAUCCCCAUCGCUGGCCGUGACAUCACCUAUUUCAUUCAACAACUGCUGAGAGAGAGGGAGGUGGGAAUUCCCCCUGAACAGUCCUUAGAAACUGCCAAAGCCAUCAAGGAAAAGUAUUCUUAUGUAUGUCCUGAUGUUGCGAAAGAAUUUGCCAAGUACGACCAAGACCCUAGCAAGUGGAUGAAGAAGUAUGAGAGUAUCAACUACAUUUCAAAGCAGCCAUUCUCUGUUGAUGUGGGAUAUGAACGCUUUUUAGGUCCAGAAAUUUUCUUCCAUCCUGAGUUUUGCAAUCCAGAUUUUAUCACGCCUAUCUCAGAAGUGGUAGAUACAGUUAUACAGCAUUGUCCUAUAGACACCCGAAGAGGACUGUAUAAGAACAUUGUGUUGUCUGGAGGUUCGACCAUGUUCAAGGACUUUGGCAGGAAAAUUCAGCGUGAUGUGAAAAAGGUCGUGGAUGCAAGAUUAAGAAUGAGCGAAGAACUAAGUCAGGGAAGAAUCAAGCCAAAACCAAUCGAUGUCCAGGUGAUUACUCAUCAUAUGCAAAGAUACGCCGUGUGGUUUGGAGGCAGUAUGCUGGCAUCUACUCCUGAAUUUUAUCAAGUGUGUCACACGAAGGCGGACUACGACGAGCACGGACCUAGCAUUUGUCGUCACAACCCCGUGUUCGGUACAAUGUCCUAGUGCAUGUGAACCAGCUCAGAAUGACAUUGAAAGACAAGGGGGACAGGGAAAAGAUAUUAGAAUAACAGCUCAUUGGCUUCCAAAUAGAACAAUAGACACCAAUUUGGAUUGGACAAAAAGAUAGAGUUUAUCAGUUAGACAUAUUAAAAUGAUACAGAGUAUAUUAUCUGGUACCGUGAUUUUUUGUUUAUUUUAAAAAAGAAUAUAUUAAAAAACUUGAAAUACUGGAAUCAGUAUGUCUUUGUAGGGGUAUCAAACAAUGCAGUGUGUUCUGAUGUGUAAAAGUCAAAUUUUGAUUUGAGGAUAUUAAGAACAUGCUGUUUUAUGAUAUUAAUGCAAUUUAUUUGAACGAAUGAACAAAAAAUAUAUCAAUGUGAGUCACAAUUAAAAGAUUUAAAAGACUGAAUUGUCAAAAGAUUCAUAUGUACAUGUAGGGUGCACAUAACAUUUUGUAUAUCUCUUAUUUUUUUUCAAUUUCAUUAAAGAUUGAAAUUUUAUUAUUAUGUACAUGAUAUGUAUUUAAAAAAAAUAAAAGUUUAUAAUGGAAA